AUGCCCUCAAAUCGCCGAGGUCGGCCAUUGACAACUGCAUUCUUUCUCUUAAUCGCCGCAUACAUCUUUCUAUUCCAACUACCUUUCAUUCACUUCCCUUGGUCCCAUCUCCGAAGACCGACACCCGUAAUAAACCAUGACGCUCGAAAAGAUAACAUCCACUUGACCGACGCACACCAGAUAUACCCUAUUAAAUCGACCAUUCAAUUACCUACAAGUCCAUCUCCACUUCCUCGCAUCCAACAUGAAUUCGAGCCAGAGAGUAGGUUUGAGCGCAAAGAAAGACUUCGCAGACAGAAAGUUGUGAAGCAGGAGUUCCUACACGCCUGGAACGGGUAUAAAGACCACGCCUGGCUUCGAGAUGAAGUAAACCCUGUCAGUGGGAAAUUCGAGGACUCAUUUAGUGGCUGGGGAGCCACAUUGGUGGAUUCCUUGGAUACUUUGAUUAUUAUGGGUCUGGAUGACGAAGUAGAGCUUGCAUUGGAAGCACUCGAGCAAAUUGAUUUCACAACCACAUUCAGCUCAGAGGUCAAUGUCUUUGAAAUCAUCAUUAGAUACAUGGGUGGUUUAAUCGGAGCCCACGACCUGACCAAUGGAAAAUACCCAAUCCUCCUUCAAAAAGCACAGGAACUCGGCGACAUGAUCUACCAUGCCUUCGACACACACAACCACAUGCCUCAGAUGCGCUGGAAGUGGAGCAGGUCUGCCAUCGGGCAAUCCAUCGAGCCCAUGAGAAAUACCAAUCUGGCAGAACUAGGCUCUUUGACGCUGGAAUUCACUCGCUUGACACAAUUGACCAAUAACCCGAAAUACUACGACGCCGUGCAGCGUAUCACGAACGAACUGGACAAAAAUCAGAUGAAAACCAAUGUCCCUGGUCUAUGGCCCGUGUCUAUUGACGCAAUGCGUCUGGACUUUACCGGUACUGAAUUUUCAAUUGGCGGUUGUGCCGAUUCGACCUAUGAAUACCUUCCUAAAGAGCAUAUUAUCCUCGGUGCUCAGACAGAUCAGUAUGAGAAGAUGUACAUCCGAGCUCUGGAUGCGAUCAAGCACAACUUGCUAUUCCGGGCAGUAACGAAGGACGAGGACAAGAAGAUUCUCUUCACCGGGGACUUGAAACUGGACCGUAGACAUGGCCCUAUCGUCCAGCACAGCUCAGACCAUCUCAAGUGUUUCCUGGGUGGAACAGUAGGACUGGCGGCAAAGAUCUUUAAUCGUCCCCAAGACUUGACAAUUGCUCGUGGACUCACAGAUGGAUGUAUCUGGGCGUAUGAUUCAAUGCCAACCGGGAUCAUGCCCGAGUCGUUCCAGUACACUCCCUGUAAAGACAUGGAUGAAUGUCCUUGGGACGAAAAGCGAUGGUAUGAGUCUGUCCUCAGGCAACCCCUUAAACAGAAGAAGGACCUUCAAGAAGCACAACAGAUCAUUGCUUCAGAGGGAGUUCCACCGGGGAUGGGUACAGCUAGGAACACCGCAUACAAACUGAGGCCCGAAGCACUUGAGUCUGUAUUCUAUAUGUACCGAAUCACAGGUGAUAAGUCUUUGCAAGAUGCAGCGUGGCGUAUGUUCCAGAACAUUGAAAAAAGCACUCGCACCAAAUACGGACACUCUUCCAUUGAGGAUGUUCGUGAUCCAAUAUCGAAUAUGGAAGACAAAAUGGAGAGCUAUUGGCUUGCCGAGACGCUCAAAUAUUUAUACCUCAUAUUUUCCGAGCCGGGCGUGGUUAGCUUGGACGAGUAUGUUUUGAGUACCGAGGCCCAUCCUUUCAAGCGAUCCUCUGGCUUUGUUUGA